CAACGAAGUCUAAAACCCCCCUAAAUUCCCAUAAAAUAUAACCUAUUUCUUGCUUCCUCUGCUGCAAACUCUUCCCUGUCGUUUUUCUUUUGAACUCACAUCAAAUCGGAGUAUUAUGAGGCCACCUAGAGGUGGCGGUUUUAGAGGCGGGAGAGAUGGGGGCCGCGGUUUUGGUGGAGGCCGAGGUGGCCGUGGUCGCGGCGGCGGCGGCCGUUUUGGUGGUGGCGGCCCUGGCGGGUUUCGUGACGAGGGACCUCCUUCUGAAGUAGUAGAGGUUUCUACAUUUCUUCACGCCUGUGAAGGGGAUGCAGUGACAAAGCUCACGAAUGAGAAAAUUCCAUACUUUAAUGCCCCAAUCUUUCUGCAAAACAAGACUCAGAUAGGGAAAGUUGAUGAAAUAUUUGGUCCCAUAAAUGAAUCUUAUUUUUCUAUCAAAAUGAUGGAAGGCAUUGUGGCAACUUCUUAUGCGACUGGUGACAAAUUCUUCAUUGAUCCUAAUAAGCUUUUACCUCUUGCAAGAUUUCUUCCUCAACCAAAGGGACAGGCACAAGCUGGAAGAGGUGGUCGUGGUGGAGGCCGAGGUGGCGGUAGGGGCGGUGGCCGUGGAGGUGGUGGAUUUCGUGGAAGGGGUGGUCCACGAGGUGGUAGAGGUGGACCUCCAAGAGGUGGCCGUGGUGGUGGCUUUAGGGGUAGAGGAAGGUCAUAGAACAACUUUAUGUAAUAUCAUUUGCGUUUUUCCCUCCGGAGUUUUCAUUUUAUGGUGCAAUGGACAAACAAUGAUCAAUAUUGAUGCUAUUUUGGAUAUCAUCUUAUGUUGUUAAUGGAGUAAUUUUUGUUGCACAUGUAUCAGUAUGGAAAAAUAUCAUUUUAGAUGCUAUGAGAAAAGAAAGUUUGAAAGCGUUAAUCGAAUUGAAGAUUUUAUUA